AACUGCGUUACCCACUCCAGUCAGUAGGUAGCGAAUGUGAGUAUUCCAGGUGAUGAUUCUUGCUUGACGUAUAAUCUAGUGGACAGGACGCUUCUUCAACAACGACAUGGCUACUUAUUCAACCGUCUCAGUAGCUUGCUAGCCAACAUAAAACAGAAAUAUUGAAGGUCUUAAGAUUUUUUUUGUGUGUGUAGCUACAUGAAACUCAGUGUUUUAAACAAAAUUCUGUUUAACUGAUCUACUUGUUGAUUUAAACGUAGUUUUCUUGCUACAUUUUGAUAGUGGGCAUAACAGGCUUGUCACUAAUGCUAACUAGCUAGUUAGCUAACAUCCCUGACGAUGAGCUCGCAAAGCUACUCCCCCCUGGUCCCUGCUAAAGAAGAGGAGAUCUGCUGCACGGAGGAAGAAGCUCUGGGGCUUAACAUUGUGGUGAAAGAAGAAGAGGAGGAUGUUACAGUGAAAAAAGAGGAAGACCAUUUUAGAGAGGAAGAGGAGGCUGUCUCAAUAAAAGAGGAGGAGGAAGACGUUUUGGGAGUGAAGGAGGAGGAAGGAGAGGAGGAGGAGGAAGAGACUGAAGAGCUGAACACCAGAGAAAGAUCAGACUGUCACUCUGACAGCGGGAAGAAUCCUUCAGGGGAACCAGAUCCAGAGACGCCCAAACCAGCGAGACGACAUCACUGCUCCCAGUGUGGAAAGAAAUGUAUCCAGUUAUCGCAUCUGAAAGAGCAUGAGAGAAUACAUACAGGAGAAAAGCCUUACCACUGUUCCCAGUGUGAAAAGAGUUUUACCCAGUUAAAUAUGCUGAAACGACAUGAAAUAAUACACACAGGAGCGAAGCCUCACCAAUGCUCCCAGUGUGGAAAUAGUUUUACCCAGCUAUGGAACCUGACAGUGCACGAGAGGGCACACACAGAGAAGCCUUACCACUGCGCUCAGUGUGGAAAGAGUUUUAGCUGGUUAGGGAGUCUGAAAGUACACGAGAAAACUCACACCGGGGAGAAGCCUUACCACUGCUCUCAGUGUAGAAAGAGAUUUUCCCAGUUGGAGCAACUGAAAAAACAUAAGAGAACACACACUGCAGAGAAGCCCUACCUCUGCUCCCAGUGUGGGAAGAGAUUUACCCUGCUGAGAAACCUGAAAAAUCAUCAGCUAAUACACUCUCUAUAUAAGCCUUACCUCUGCUCCCAGUGUGGAAAAACGUUUUUCUCAUCAGAUUCCCUGACAAAACAUGAGCUAACACACUCUGUAGAGAAGCCUUUCCACUGCUCACAGUGUGCAAAGACAUUUUUCUCAUUAGGGCCCCUGAAACAACAUGAGAGAACACACUCAGUGGAGAAACCCUAUCAUUGCUCGAAGUGUGGAAAGAGUUUUACUUCAUCGAAUUCCCUGAAAGAACAUAAAAUAAUACACUCAGGAGUGAAACCCUACCACUGUUAUCAGUGUAAAAAAAGUUUUACCCAAUCGUGGCACCUGAAACAUCAUGAGAGGACACACGCAGAAGAAAAAUCUUAUCAUUGCUCCCAGUGUGUAAAGAGUUUUACAUUUACAUUUACAUUUAACAUUUUACAUUUAAGUCAUUUAGCAGACGCUCUUAUCCAGAGCGACUUACAAAUUGGUGCAUUCACCUUAUGACAUCCAGUGGAACAGCCACUUUACAACAGUGCAUCUAAAUCUUUUAAGGGGGGGGGGGGGGGUCAGAAGGAUUACUUUAUCCUAUCCUAGGUAUUCCUUAAAGAGGUGGGGUUUCAGGUGUCUCCUGAAAUGUCAACAUACCUGAAAAAACAUGAGCUAACACACUCUGUAGAGAAGCCUUUCCACUGUUCGCAUUGUGAAAAGAGUUUUAAGAAUUUAAGGAACCUGAAAGUGCAUGAGCAAAGACAUACAUGCUCUUUGGGCCCUUCCACUGCUCACUCUGGGGAGAAAAAUGUACUUGGUUUCAGCAACUGAAAAAUCAUGAAAGAAUCCUAAUGUGAAAAGAGAUAUACAAUCAACAUGUAAAUGCAGAGUCUCAAGUAGCUGUCUGUCCCUUUUAAUAGCCGGGCAACGGCACACGUUUCAGCAAAUAAACACUUGUUUCAAAUAAACCCUCUAAAGGAAUUGUUAAUGAGGUUACCAUGAAUUACCAUUAAUUGUUUACUAGGUUUUAAUGUUUGAUUUGUUACAUCAGAUAAAAAAGGAUGGCAAUCAUUUGUUUUUAAUCACCAGUAAGAAACUGCUAGCCAUUAGCUGCUAACAGCUGAGAACUGCUCGCUUACUGGCAAGCACAAAAACAGUCAAGAACAUCGGGUGUACAGACCCCUAGAAGUUGGCUGAUUGCCAUCUGGUGUCGAAAGUAAGAACUGCCAAAAAUGCACAGUCAAAGAGGAGAAUAAUUAUUCUGCUAAAGGAAAAUUUGUUUUUUCCCCCCAAAAUAAAGGCAUAUAUAUAUACAGGCAUAUGCCUUUAUUUUGAGGAAAAAAACACGUUUUCCUUCAUCAGAAUAAGAUGGUUUCUGUAUGUGUUUACAACGUUUAGAACAUUACCCAACGUUUAGAACACGUUUAGAACAUUACCCAACGUUUAGAACACGUUUAGAACAUUACCCAACGUUUAGAACACGUUUAGAACAUUACCCAGCGUUUAGAACAUUACCCAGCGUUUAGAACAUUACCCAGCGUUUAGAACAUUACCCAGCGUUUAGAAACAUUACCCAGCGUUUAGAACAUUACCCAGCGUUUAGAACAUUACCCAGCGUUUAGAACAUUACCCAGCGUUUAGAACAUUACCCAGCGCUUAGAAACAU